UAAUCUUGGAAGAUACCAACUCAGCUAAAUCAAACACAUACAUACAUACAUUUGCAUUAAUUCAGUUAAUGGCCCGCAGUGCUGAAUGACUUGUUAUGAAAUGUAACAAAGGUGGGCGUGAGCUCCUUGUUGUUUUCUCGUCUUUUAUUGGCUGUGAGCUCACACUGACUGCGGUUUGCUGCCGUUCAGAAGGGGCGGUGCGAUAAGAAACACAAACAUCCACGAUCAGGACCCGGAAUGAACCGCGCUGGCCGGGCCUCGCCUAUGUGUGCAGAGCCAAAAUGGCCGCCACGUAGUUCAGUUGCAGUGCUCGUUUUGUUUGGUUGGCUCGGCCCUGGUGGGCGGGGCCGCUGCGGGGCUACAGUCACAUGAUCCGCGCACAGCCAGCCUGACCAAUUCCAAUAUGGUGGCCAGCUUGGCAGGUCUACGGUUCCUGUUGAUGAUAUUGUUGUUCUGCGGGAUCAGGUACGGCGCCUGCAGCGAGGAAGCUCCGCAGGUCCUGGGGCUUAGACUAGAAGACCCGGCGGGUCUGGUGUGCAUGAAGGAUCGGAUCAUCUCGGCGCCUGAAGGAGCCACGUUCAAGCUCCGUCUCUUUGGGACUGAUCUGAAUGGAAGCUGGCCGUGGGUGGCGUUCGCAGGGGCAGCUGGCGGAGCGGCCGGGGCGGUCGGGGAUGCGCCUGACCCGUGCGGGGAGGAGUCCAACCGCCAACAGUCCGCUUUCCAGGUGACGGAUGAGUUCACCAAGGACGAGGAUUUCAGCGGGCUGAUUACGGUGGAGGUCCGGGAGAGCAGCAUCUCUGGCAGCAAGCAGACCUUCCACCACCUGUGCGUGCUGAGCGGAGGAAGAUGGGCUUCUGCGGGCCCGGACAGACUGCGGGUAAACACCGACAAGGCUCUGCCCGCAGACUACAUCCCGCCCUGGGGUCUGGCCGUGCUGAUCGUGCUGGUGCUUGUGAUGUGCGGCGUGCUGAGGACUGUGAACCUGAGCCUGCUGUGGCUGGACCCCGUGGAGCUUUACGUCCUGCACAGCUGCGGAUCCGAGGAGGAGAAGCGGGCCGCCAAGCGCCUGGAGCCAAUCAGGAGGAGAGGAAACUUCUUGACGUGUUCUCUGCUGUUCCUGUGCGUCGUGGGACACUCGGUGCUGGGUGUCCUCCUGUACCGGGUCCUGGGCUGCAUCGCCUCCGCAGUGUUCACCAGCGGCUUCCUCAUCUUCUUCUUGGCUGAGCUGGCGCCCCACAUCCUGUGCUCCGGGUAUGGGUUUCAGCUGGCGCCGGCUCUGACCUGGCUGGCCCAGGUCUGCAUGGUGCUCACCUGCCCGCUGUCCUGCCCGCUGGGGCUGAUCCUGGACCUGGCCCUGAGGAGGGACAUCAGCACCUGUGGGAUCAGGGAGAGGACCAUGGAGAUGAUCCGCACCAGCGUCAACGACCCGUACAGUGAGUUCGUGAAGGAGGAGUUCAGCCGCGGGAUGCUGCGCAGUAAGACGGUGGAGGACAUCCUGACCCCGCUGAAGGACUGCUUCAUGCUGCCCAGCUCGGCCGUCCUGGACUUCUCCACCAUGUCGGAGAUCAUGCAGAGCGGAUACACGAGAGUGCCCAUAUACGAGGAGGAGAGGUCCAACAUUGUGGAAAUCCUUUACGUGAAGGACUUGGCUCUGGUGGACCCCGAAGACUGCACCCCCAUGACGACCAUCACCAAGUUCUACAAUCACCCGCUGCACUUCGUCUUCAACGACACCAAGCUGGACGCCAUGUUGGAGGAGUUCAAGAAAGGUAAUUCUCACAUGGCCAUCGUCCAGAAGGUCAACAACGAGGGGGAGGGAGAUCCUUUCUACGAGGUGCUGGGGUUGGUCACCUUGGAGGACGUCAUCGAGGAGAUCAUCAAAUCAGAGAUCCUGGAUGAGUCUGACGGCUACUUGGACAGGAAGGUGAAGCGUCCCCUCCCGCCGCUGGAGAUCCCGCUGGAGCCCCGCAGCGUCCACGAGGAGUUUUCUCUUUUCAAACCUCCCGAAGGAGAACCCAAGAUCCGAACUUCACCGCAACUCCUGCUGGCUACACACCGCUUCCUGUCCAGAGAAGUGGAGCACUUCAGCCCCGCACGUGUGUCCGAGAAGGUCUUGUUCCACCUGCUGCGUCACCCCAGCGUCAACCAGGAAGUGCACUUUGACCCGAGCAACCGGCUGAGCGCCAGUCACUACCUGUACACACGAAACCACCCGGUGGACUACUUCAUCCUGCUGCUGCAGGGCCGAGUGGAGGUCGAGAUCGGCAAAGAGGGGCUCAAGUUUGAGAACGGGGCGUUCACAUACUACGGCGUGUCUGCUCUCACGCUGCCAUCUUCAGUGCACCAGUCUCCAGCGUCCACCCAGCGUCACUCCCCCAGGGACCCCUUUGAGUCAGCGGAAGCCACGAGCCCGUCCAGCUACUGUCCCGACUACACUGUCCGAGCCCUGACCGACCUGCAGCUCAUACGGGUGACUCGCCUGCAGUAUCUGAACGCCCUCAUGGCUUCGCGGGUCGGCCAGAGUCCAGAUCCUCCUGAGAUUAAGAUCCUGCCCAACAGUCAGACCAAGCUGCUCAACGACAGAAACACCACACAAGGUGGCAGUAGAGCCCAGGAGAGCUUCACAGAAGAGGAGGCUCAUGGGUAAUGCGACUCUGUCUUCCCGCUGUGAAAGACCUGCUCCAACCAAGUAGAGAUUAUUGAUCUUUGUUUUGUUUUUUAUCGAUGAAUCAUCUAUGGCUGGAACGUCAUUAUCGGACGAGACUGGAGUGAGAGUGAUCUUAUCUGUUCUGUGGAGCCACACUUCUCAUCUCCAUCCUCAUUCCUUUACGUGCUUUUCAUUGAAAUUAUUAUUUCAUGUUGUUUUAUACAUUUUGGACUAUACAUGUGUAUAUAUAUAUUAUAUAUAAAUGCAUUUUAUUUUAAUUUGGCGGUGCCUUUCUUCCAGGUUUAGCCUUCCAUUCUAAACUCUGCAUUGCCAUCCCUCGCUUUUCGUCUGUCUGGGUGCCAAAGCUACGUGUGUGUGUGUGUGUGUGUGUGUGUGUGUGUGUGUGUGUGUGAUGAAGCAUCCGUCCGUUUGAGACACUAAAAACACAUACGUUAUUUGCACAUUAAAUUUGUGCACUGUUGAUGGCGUGAAACUAUUUUACAAGCUGUAAGGUACGUCCAGAUUUUUCUACCCUCGCAUGACGCUGCGAGGUGUGUGUGUGCGCGUGUGUGUGUGUGCGCGUAGCUGAAAACUACAAUUUCAGCAUUGAUUUCAGAAGCUGAUGGUUAGUUUGUCCUGAAACAUUCAAGUUAGACAGUAGAGGACGUCCACAGCGGCGCAGGUUGUAACCAAAGUGAUAAAAUAUUAAACUGCUAACAAAGUGAUAGUUUUUUAUUGUUGCAGCUCAAAAAGGCUUCAAGCUCUGACACUCAGAGUGGUUGUAAGUAGACGGAAAAGGAAGGAGAAAGAAUCGGCAUCUAUUUUGAUAAUCAUAAUAAUAAUAAUAAUUAUUAUUUUAGAUUUCUCAGCUGAUUUGCUGCUGUUUUUUUGGUCGUUUGUGAUAAACUGAAAAUCCGUGGGUCAAAGCAAACAUUUCAAGUCGUCAUCAAAUUUUCUCUUUUGUCAGUUCAGUUUGACUUCCAAUUUUAAGGUCACAAUUCGAUUAAAUUAAUUAAAUUGUAAAGGUCAACAGUUCAUUUUUUUAUGUCCUGACAACCAUCAUUUACGUUUUCAAAUUCUUCAUUUCCCUCUUCAUUGCCCUCAUGAUAUCAGGUAUAACUGCUGUGUUUCUACAGGAAUGUCCCACAGUCAGGAGUUUAAUUCGUUUAUUUAAAACGUCUUUAAUAUUUCACCACAACAACAAGUCUCUGAAUUCAACUGCUUUUGAGUUUAAUGAUUUGAAAUCAAUCUUCUGAUCUCGAGUUCAACACCCUGACUUUUUCUUGACUUUACGUGAGCCAGAUGAUUAAUGAUUAGAAAAUAAUCUGACGAAAGCAGUUUUUACUUUGCAGCUCUCUUUGCAAUCCGACACAUUUCAGUGCCAAAGUGAAGUUUACGUGCUGGUUGUGUAUUUUUACCAAACAGUAUCUCAGAGUCGACUUUACAUUUUUACACGACUAACAUUUGAGAACUUUGGUUUCUUUGAUGAAAUGGGGAAAAAUGGUCAGACAGUCGUGAAAGAAAAUUUUCACUAUUUUCUGACAUUUUAUAGACUAUUUGUGAAGAAAAUAAUAAGCUGAUUCAUCCAUCCAUCCAUUAGCUGUAACAACCACUUAUCCCUGAUGAGAAAAAUUAAUUAUUAGUUGCAUGUUUGUAUUUUUUAAAAAAGGCGUCAGUUCAAUUCAGUAAUUUUUCAUUCACUGGUUCCCACGUCUGUGACGAUUGGCCGCUUUACGUCUCUGUAACCUGAAAACAAAACAUUUCAAAAAUCACUUUGGGCUUUAGGAGAUUUUGACGGGUGUUUUUCAUUCUAUUCUUACUUUUUAUAGACUAAAUCAGUUAUACAGGUUCAUUUUUUUAAAAAGUUCAGAAAUUUUUUAUCAAACUAACGGGGGAAUACAGUGCAUUUUCUGAGGUCUAUUUUGAGCGGCGGAUGAAUCCACAUUUUGUGCUUUAGUGAGUAUUUGAGGCAGCAGGAUGGUGUGUGUGUGUGUGUUUGUGUUUGUGUGUGUGUUGCUCACUGCUGUGGCACAAAGGAAGAGGAUGUGUUCAUGGUGACAUGCUUUGACCUUUGAGGGGACCCCAGAGAGGCCCAGCAGAGGGCGCUAUGACACCUGAUCUCAGUGUGUAACUGGAAGUCAGAUUCUUCCUGUAGUUAAACAUCCAGCAGUUUGUUAUCCUGUCUGUAAUUUCACACAUUUGAGUCCUGUCAACAUUCCACUGUAUGUUCACGUGUGUUUUAGCCGUCUGUUUAUGGAUCUGUGUGUGUUACGGUAUUUCACUAGUUACAUGUCAACAAGCUAGCAGCCAGUUUUCACGUUAGCUCCAUUAGCUUCCAUGUUGUGUCGAUAACCUAACAUGCAUUUUAAGCAUCUGCCAGUCGUUGUUGCAUGUGUGUUAACAUGUGGAUUAAGUCUGAAACCCCGCCCCCCCUUCUCUGUGUAUCGAUGUGUUAACCACGAGGAGGGAAAUGGUGAGGCCGACGCUCUCCGUGUCGACACGCUAAACACAAUCAGUGUUUUUAAAGGAUCGGUUUGGAUUUGUUCGAGUCUGCUUUAAUGCAAUACUCACAUGCCCAGAGAAGGUUGGAAAACAUUUUGGUUUGAGUGUGCAGACAAAGUUAAUGUGAGACUUCAGCAGUCUGAGUUGAUAAAAUGAAGCAAACCUUUGCUGAGUUGCAAAAAAGAAAAAAGAGAAGAAGAAGCAAAUUAGGCGCGUUUCCAUCAACUGGCUUUCUGGAGGAAGAAGAAGCAGUUUUAUCAUUUCACUGUUGCUGCCGUUUUUUGGGGCGCACUGACUCUAUUGCAUUCGUCACUUUAAACGAUCAAGUGUUUUCUUCUUUCUGAAUGUGUUUUCUCUUUUGUUUUGCUUUUUCCAGUCCAGCACGUCACAAAACAGGACGUCGUUUAGGUUUGAGUUUCGCAGAAAACCUCAAGUACAACUCAGAAUUGUAGUUGAGUGCUGAGUAAAAUGCAUCUUCGAAUGAAUGUUUGCACGGAAGAUGUCCUCACGAUUCGUCACGUAAAACUUCGUUUGAACUUCAGGUGGUUUCCUCGCAGUCACUGUGAGGACAGGGACGCACAGACUGCACCCCCUGUGAGGUUUGCAUUAAACCAGACUUGAAACCAAACCCUUCGGUUCAGCACCAGCUCUGUUACGUCUCCGUCUCUUUGCCUUGCGGUCCCGCCUGUCUGUCUGAUCCAUUCAGUGUUAUCACUCUCCACCAUUUUGCCACAUUCCAGGAGGCAUUUUUGACUGUGUGAUUCUGAGUAAAUAUUUUUCACCUGUUUUAUUUCGUUUUGCUGUAUUAAGUUCAUUUCUAUGGUAUUAGAAGACUGAAUGUAAAAAGAUUCAAUCAUUACUUUGUGCUUCUUAUACUGAUUGAGAGAUGUGUUGGAGGUGUGUGUUAACACAUGACUGCUACUUAGAAUAUAAUUUGAGGAUGUAGUUUAUAGGUAGUCACGCUCGGAUUUCAGGUACAACACUGUUACUACAAGAACUAAACUGUUUAAUCAGUUCCUCUUUAUGUCGAGGUUACAUUUGCAUAGAACUUCUCAGUUUUAUUUUUAUUUUAUUAUUUUUGGAAUGCUGCCAGUUUUGGGUGCAUUGAGACUCCAUUGCAUUUAACACUUUCAAUAAUCAAGUUUCUUAGGAAAUAAACUCGAUCCUGUUCUAAA